AUGACUCCCGGCUCACCCCCGACUCGGUUUCCCCGACAGAUGGCUUCUCCCUGCCGCCGGUCCAUGAAUCCUAAGACUCUGACCUUCUUUCUGGUGGGUAUGAGUUUCUUGGCCCUGCACCUGUGGUUUCUCCAAGCAUCCAGCUCCCAGCAGGAGAGCACGAGGGAUGGACCUACCGAGGCCGUCCCCGCUGCUCCUGUGGCCGUACAGCCACUGAUGUUCAGCCCAUGCGUGGCCAACGACUCGGUCAACACCACAGACGGCUUCCAGCAGCUGCCACAGCGCAUCCAAGACUUCCUGCGCUACCGCCACUGCCGCCACUUUCCCCUGCUCUGGGACGCGCCCACCAAGUGCGCGGGCCGCCGCGGGGCCUACUUGCUGUUGGCGGUCAAGUCGUUGCCCGCCAACUACGAGCGGCGCGAGCUCAUCCGCCGCACGUGGGGGCAGGAGCGCCUCUACGGCGGGCGGCAGGUGCGCCGCCUCUUCCUGCUGGGCACGAGCCCGCCCCAGGACGCGGAGAACGCCGAGAAGCUGCAGGCGCUCGUGGGGCUGGAGGCGCGCGAGCACGGCGACGUGCUGCAGUGGGCCUUCGUCGACACCUUCCUCAACCUCACGCUCAAGCACGUGCACCUGCUCGACUGGCUGGCGGUGCGCUGCCCGCGCGCGCGCUUCCUGCUCAGCGGCGACGACGACGUCUUCGUGCACACCGCCAACGUGCUCAGUUACCUGGAGACGCAGCCGUCCGACCGCCACCUCUUCGCAGGGCAGCUCAUGGACGGCUCGGUUCCCAUUCGCGACAGCUGGAGCAAGUACUUCGUGCCGCCGCAGCUCUUCCCCGGGACCGCCUACCCGGUGUACUGCAGCGGCGGCGGCUUCCUGCUGUCCAGCCACACCAUCCGGGCCCUGCGCGCGGCCGCCCUCCACACCCCGCUCUUCCCCAUCGACGACGCCUACAUGGGCAUGUGUCUGAAGCGCGCGGGCCUGGCGCCCAGCGGCCACGAGGGCAUCCGGCCCUACGGCGUGCAGUUGCCCGGCGCCCAGCGGCCCUCCUUCGACCCCUGCCUGUACCGCCAGCUGCUGAUCGUGCACCGCUUCGCGCCCUACGAGAUGCUACUCAUGUGGAAGGCGCUGCACGACCCGGGGCUGAACUGUAGCCAGGGUCACAGGGGCUCCUCCUGA